AUUAGCUUUAGUCUGUGUUCGUGAUUUGCUAUACGAAGGCGUUGUCUAUUUAUCAAUUUUGAGUCUAAAAAUAUAUUAUAAAAAUACAAAGCAGUUUACCUGUGAUAAAAGAGUAUGUAAUAUUACAUAAAUUUAUCCAGUAUUAUUAUAGCAAAAAAAUGUCGCUUAGCUCGGUAGCGGAAGAGUACUUUAGUACGAUGAACCCAAUUGCAACUAAAAUUCAUGAAGAUAUUGUAGAAACACGAAAUACCUUUGAGCAUAUUUGGAAUACGCUUUCGGAAAAAGAAAAGUCGGAAAUAAUCAAUGAGUCGAUUAUAAAACCGGAUAUAGCACUCAAGUACGCUCUAUUAGAUAGUUUAGAUUUCGAUUUAAAUGAUCCACCAGUUCAUAAGGAUGAUCUUAUGUCUUUCUUCGGCCGAGAUCACGCACAGAAAGUGGUACAAGAUGAAAAUGGGUCCUACAGGGAUGAAUACUCGGCACCAUUUCUUUACCAGACGAAGAGUCAACUGAAUCUCUGUAUAGAGAGUCGAAAAUCGAAGGAUGUGCCCCCCUCACCACCUGUUAUGUCGGAAUUGGCAAUAUCGCAUUCUAAAGUGGUCAAUGAAUUAAAGAAUGCGUUGAAGAAUCAUGAAGUAUCAAGAUAUAAAGACGCGAAUAGGGAGAUAGUAUCUCCUACCAGCUUUAUUACGAAAUUUAUAGGAAAUUUCAAAGGGAAAGAUGAAGAAAAGGAGUGCUUGGUUGAAAAUAAUCAAACGCAGAUUGUUGAUUUUAGGAAUUAUAAGAGUCAAGACAACUAUAGAGCCAGUAUUGCUAAGUCUAAUGGCGAUCUCUCAGAAGAAAACCGUGGUCUUCUGUCAAGCCAGGCAUCGUCAAACACAGACUUUCAGUCAACUGAAACACUCACAGACUCUACAGUGCCAAAGACAGGUUUUGACUUUUUGGAUAACUGGUAAAAUUAACUGAAUAAUGUUCAGGAAUAUUACUCACUAAUUUAUAAUUUAUUAAAUAAAUUUAAAAUUAUAUUGUAGUAGUAAUGUAUGGUAUAUAUUUAUUAUGCAGUAGCGAAAAAAUAAUAAGCCCGUUUGAGCUAGACCUCACUGUAUGUACUAAAACCGAUAUCUGCGGCCUUAUUAUAAAACUGGGACUAAAUAUUGUUACCAUGGUUACCAUUUUAUAUGGUAAUAAUAUCUCUAUGGAAACAAGUACUGUUAGUCUACGUUUUAUAAUAAUAGUCUUAAGAAUUAUGAAAAAAAAGCGACGAGUUGCCUUCUAAAAGGUAUCAUAUGGAGAUGAAUGGGCAAGAAACUCCAUACUUAAAAUAAACUAUUUUCUUUCUGUAACAAUACAAUUGAUAAAUUUUGUUUUCAUAUAAAUUUUCUAUUGAAGUUCUCAAUUAUUAUUAUAAUAUGUAGUUUUAUAUUGCGUAAGUGGCGGGAAAAAGGCAGUGUCCUAUAAGUUGUAUCCUGAGAUAUGUACCUUUUAUAAUAUGUACCCUAGCGGCAAAUACAUUUGCACAAUAUUUUCUUAUAGAAAAGAUGUGGUUCAACGUAUACAUCUAAUAAGACUAAUUGUUACUAUAUAAUUGUGGGAAGUUUUGUGAGUAGUAACUCAUACUACGGCAUAUUAAUAGAUAUUAUUUAGUUUUUUUUUAAUUUAAUGUGUUUAGUCAAGUAUCAAUUUAAACACUUUCAAUUGCAUCACAUAAUGUGUUAAUUGCAUAUUUAUACAGUGUAUACUGGCAAUACAAGGAAGUUAGCUGAAUGCUUGAAAUUUUUUUACGUUAUUAUUAUUAUUAUUUUAAUUACUGAAAAUGUUCUGAUUGUAUCAUGACAAUAGCUUAAUAUAUACCUAGAUAGAUGGAUUAAGAGAAGAUUUUUUUUUAUACAGGGUUCUUAUAUUUCAACUCACGAAUUUUAUUUGGUACGUCAAUUGUCUAUAUUGGGUUUGUGGGCUGGGUGAAAUGUACGUUUAUCAAAGAACAAACAAUCACACACGGCUCUUGACUAUACCGGAAACAAUACUCAUGAUACUUGUUAUAGCCCUUUCGUAGACCGUUACCGACGUCAACAUUAUAAAAUUAGAGCCAUUUAAAAAAUAUAAAGUUUAUGGAUAAAUCAUUACAUAGACUCGAAAGCAUUUGCUUAGAUGACGAAUGAGUCGUUAGCCUUUUGCUAAACAUACAACUUCUACUUCCCCAAUACUGCCAAGUUAUGUACCAGCCAUUUAAAGUUAAGACAAAACAUUAUAAUAUUUAUUAAAGCAACAUCGGUAUUAUGAUAAAAAUAUUUGAAAUUUCGACGUUUACGGCGCCAAAACCAAAGCGACUGUCAUAUUGACACUUAACUUGUUUUAAUUACUGUGUAAUCUGUGCUAGUAUUAUUAUUUUUUUCAUUUAAGACAUGCAUUUAUCUUGUGUACGCUUAUUUUUGUAAUUCUUUUUUAAAUAUAAUAUUCAUCAAUA